AUGGAUCUGACCAAAUUAACUCCUGCUAGUGUUAUGGGGAAUGAGAAAGAUGAAUUUCAUGGAAAUAACAACAAUAGAAAAUUAUAUUCUUCACCUAAAAUAAAGAAUCAGCAUUAUUAUAACCAAAUUAUUGAGGUUAUCCCUGAUAGUAAUUACACAGCUACUCCUAAUAAUAAUAAUUGUUAUGUCAAUGAAUUAAAUCAAAAGGUUACAAGAUUUAAGGGACAUUUUCUUUUGAACAGAAAAAUAAGUGAACAAACAAAUGCAGGCAAACUAUUUCGCCGACAAGGAAAUCCUCUGUGCCACUCAAAUAUAAGGAAUUUACGUCAGAAUUUUAUCUGA